CUGUCUCUCGCUACGCAGGUUGAUCUCACUGUCGUAAACGACUGGUUGGGAUUAGAUAUCGUUGUUUCUUUUCCGGCUCUGAAGACCGAUUUAGACAGUCGCCAGUGGCGCGGCAUCUCUCCGUGACUGACUUUUUUUGCAACCAGUUAUUCGAGUUUGUAUUUAAAACAAAAAACAAAAAACCUCUAUGCCGUACGGUGGCCGAGGAGGUUCCUGCGCGGCGGAAGAAUCCUGCGGGUGGGUGUGAACGCAAAGGCCCGGGCCAAAGGUGCACGUGGCGGCGGAAAGAUCAUGUCUUUUCGAGGCGGAGGUCGUGGAGGCUUUAACCGAGGUGGCGGCGGUGGCGGCUUCAACCGUGGCGGCAAUAGCAACAACCACUUUCGAGGUGGAGGAGGAGGCAACUUCAGAGGCGGCGGCAGAGGAGGAUUUGGACGAGGGGGUGGCCGCGGAGGCUUUAACAAAGGCCAAGACCAAGGACCUCCAGAACGUGUAGUCUUAUUAGGAGAGUUCCUGCAUCCCUGUGAAGAUGACAUAGUUUGUAAAUGUACCACAGAUGAAAAUAAGGUGCCUUAUUUCAAUGCUCCUGUUUAUUUAGAAAAUAAAGAACAAAUUGGAAAAGUGGAUGAAAUAUUUGGACAACUUAGAGAUUUUUAUUUUUCAGUUAAAUUGUCAGAAAACAUGAAGGCAGCUUCCUUUAAAAAACUACAGAAGUUUUAUAUAGACCCAUUUAAGCUGCUGCCACUGCAGAGGUUUUUACCUCGACCUCCGGGUGAGAAAGGACCUCCAAGAGGUGGUGGCCGGGGAGGCCGAGGAGGAGGAAGAGGAGGAGGAGGUGGCAGAGGUGGUGGUAGAGGUGGUGGAUUUAGAGGUGGAAGAGGAGGUGGAGGCUUCAGAGGAGGAAGAGGGGGUGGUGGUUUCCGAGGGCGAGGACAUUAGAUGGAGCAUCUGACAGACUUCAUCAGUUGACUUCUGCUUUAACUGCACCAUCUGCUUCUACUCUGGUUUGGAAACUGGUGUCUUGAGCAAGUCUGGAAGAUGUGUUCAUCUUAUGACAGUGGAAGCGGUGUGUCAGUGUCAUGCAAAAAUGAGUGUGGCAGAACGAUCAAUUUUGCUCUGAAAGAGCAUAAACAAAUCUUACUAUUUUGUAUAGUGCCUGGUACUCUGUGGGUGCUUAAUAAAUGGACAGGAGUUUUCAUUUGAAGCAUAUAUGAAUUUUUUAAUAAAAUGUUUUAUUCCUUUAAAUUAGUGUGUUUAUUGAACCAAACCUAGUUUUUGAAAUUUGAAGGAACAACUAGAGCUUAAACCCAGUCAAUUACAGAUAGAAAAAACCAAAACAAAAGAGGAUUUGUUUAUAUAAAUUACUGAUACUCUAAAGAAAGAGGCUAUUGGAAUAGUACUUUAAGAUUAUUUAUAAAUGAAUACCUCUUUCACAAUGUUUGCCUUUUGUAUAUGAGAACAUUAGCAUAUUUUAUUUCCCUUUUUUUGUGUGUUAGUACUUAGAGUAAAGCAGUUUCUCUAAUUGCAGCCAAUAAUUUUAAAAUCUUAUGAAUCUUAAAAUAUGAGUAGCUCUGUUCAAGUG